AUGGCAUCUUGGUCCUCCCAUAUUAUUCCUUUUACUCUUUACUACGAAUCCGGCGAUGUCAACAACAAGAACAAUCACUGCGAUGGCUACAAGAACAACCUUGAAGAAGCAUGUGAACAUCGUGUUUCAGUAAUCAAGCAGUCAUUAUCUGAGACACUAGCUAGAUACUAUCCAUUGGCUGGAAGAAUGAAAGAAGAUAACUUAGCUGUUGAAUGCAACGAUGAGGGAGUCGAGUACUUUGAAACUAGAGUAAGUGAUGUUCGGCUAUCUCAAGUUAUCAAACGCUCUCCAAAUCAUAACAGUGUUCUUCGAAAAUUCUUGCCUCCUUGUAUAUCAUCUUGCGAUAACUCGAUGUCCAUACCAUUUGAUUAUGGGUUUAAAUCGAAGACGCUUUUAGCGAUACAAGUUAAUAUUUUCGAAUGUGGUGGGAUCGUUAUAGGUAUGUGCAUGGCACAUAGACUAGCUGAUGCGUCUACAAUGUUCACGUUUAUCACUGAUUGGGCAGCUACAGCUCGUGGUGCAAUCGAAGACAUCAAGGGUCCUUCUUUUGAUUUUUCAUACACUCUCUUCCCGCAGAAAGAUGUAAUAAACAAUUUCAAACCCUUCGACCCGAUGUUAACGAGAGAAGAAGAUCUUGUAACAAAAUAUUUUGUGUUUCCAGCAUCCAAGAUAGUUGAACUCAAGAGGAGAAACGUGAACAAUAUUGUAUGUCAAGACACAUCUCAACAAAAUACCUCACCAUGUACCCGUGUUGAAGCUGUAACGUCCUUCAUGUGGAAGCGUUACAUGGAUUCGGUUCGAGCAAAAAAUCAGACUCAAGCUACUUCAGUUGAGAAGUAUGGGGCGUUGUAUACAGUUAACUUAAGGUCAAGGAUAACCCCACCAUUACCAGCAAACUCUUUUGGCAAUAUUUAUACUUUCACGAUUGCACUAUCCACCCCGAGUGAUGAAAACGAUAUCGAUGAUGGUCUCAGAAAAGAUGUUAGUUCUCCGAAUGACUUGAACCUGGUAGGAAAAGUUAGAGAUGCUAUAAAGAAAAUCGACGACAAAUACACAAGAAAACUGCAAAGCUCAGAGGAUGAACUAGUAAAUGAUGUAAAACCACUAACAAGUGGUGAGGCAAUAUUUUUAGGGUUUAGUAGUUGGUGUAGGUUCCCAAUAUAUGAAGCAGAUUUUGGCUGGGGAAAGCCAACAUGGGUAAGUAUUGGUACCAUGGCUCUUCGGAAUACUGUGUUUUUGAUGGAUACAAAAUCAGGGGAUGGAAUAGAAGCAUUUGUUAAUAUGGCUAAAGAAGACAUGGAUAAUUUUGAAGUUAAGCUUUUGGCUGAUCAAUAA